AUGACAUCCUCUGACGUGCGAGAUGUCCUCAACCUCCCCGACAGCCACGCGGGCCCCCGACCGGCCAAAAAGCAAAAGACCUCCGCCCCGCGCCCGAACCUGAAGGGUCUCGCCCGCGAGGUGCAGAACCUGGGCGGCGACAACCCAAUCGCUAUCGUACCCGAGGUCUCCAUCUUCAAGAAGCGGCGGUUCGUGAGCAGGAAGCCGGCGACGAAAUGGGAGCUCAAGCCGUUCACCAACUCGGCGCGGGGCGACAGCGGCGCAUUGGUGCUCAAGCACUGGAAGCGGAAGACGCCUACGGCAGAGGAGAGCGCAGAGCAGGGCGGAGAUGCGGAGAUGAAGGACGUGGAGGGAGAGCAAGGGGCCCCGAAGCCCGAGAACUCCAUGUUUGCAAAAUUCAACGUCGAGGUGGACGUGCCCCAGUACAGCGAGGACCAGUACCGGACAAACCUACAGAGCGACGACUGGACCAAGGAGGAAACGGAUUAUUUGCUGGGUCUGGUCCGGGACUUUGACCUACGGUGGCCGAUAAUAUGGGAUCGAUACGACUACGUUCCAGAGGCCAUCAACGGCGAGGCAUCGGCGGACGGGGACGAGAGUAAGGCUAUCAUCCCCGUGCCGAAGCCGCGGACGAUGGAGGACCUCAAGGCGCGGUACUACGAGGUCGCAGCCAAGAUGAUGGCGGUCCAGAAGCCGGUUCAGUACAUGACGCAGCCCGAGUACACGCUCCACGAGCUCAUGGCCAACUUCAACGCGAACCAGGAGAAGCUGCGCAAGGAUUUCGCAAACAACGCGCUGACACGGAGCAAGGAGGAGGCCAAGGAGGAGGAGUCACUGCUGCUGGAGAUCAAGCGCAUCCUCGCGCGCAGCGACCGGUUCAACGAGGAGCGCCGGGAGCUGUACAACCGCCUGGACUACCCGCACACUGACCAGGACAUCAGUGCGUUCAAGUCCAGCGCCGGACUGCAGACCCUCCUGCAAAACUUGAUGAACGCCGACAAAUCCAAGAAGCGCAAGUCAUUGAUGGCGGCCGACGGCGUCAGUCCCUCCACGCCUGCGACCGGUCAACAACCGGCGGCGGCGGCGUCAGACAACGCGAACCGGCGCGAGAGCAUUGCCGCUGCAGCCGCGGCCGCCUCGGCGCCAGCGGAGAAGCCGCACAAGGACCCCCCCAGCAGCGUCGCGCAGACGCCGACGGCGCCGGCCGGAGGAAAGAAGGGCCACCAGCAACAGGAACGUCGCAAGCUCUCCGAGGCCGAGAUGCACGUCUACGGCGUCACGCACCACGACCGCUUGUCCAGCGGGCCGACGUUCCGAUACGAGAAGAUCAACAAGCUGUUUACGCAUAAGUCGAACCAGCAGCAGUUGCGUAUCAUGAACACGCUCAAUGAGCUCGACAUCCCGCCGCGCCUCGUCAUGCCCACGGCACCCGUCACGGCGCAGUACGAGCUCCUACUUGGCGCGGUCAAUAGCCUGCUUGACGCUCGAAAGGUCACGGACAAGAUUGACGCCGAGAUCAAGCUCGAGCUGGCCAAGAAGGCGGAGCGCGAAAAGACGAAUCAGCCAGAGGCCGACCCGGCGGCCGAGAGCAAGGAGGGCGAGGGCGCAAGUCGGUCUAUGGAAGACAAGAAGGACAAGACAGCAGACGGCGAGACGAACGUCGAAGCCGCACCCGCAGAGGCAGCCAAGACGGACGAACCAAAGACCAAUGGCGACGCGGCCGGGGCCGAGGCAGCAGCGGUUACGAACGGAGAGGGAGAGGCGGCCGCGCCGGCCGCGACGGAAGAGGGGAAGGGUGACGCGGACAAGGACAGGUCAGCGCGGCCGGGCAGCAGCGGGGCGUCACAUAAACGGAGCGCAAGCGUCAUGAGCGCCGGGGGGGAAGAUAAGACUGCCAAAAGGCAGAAGAAGUGA